UUGUCAAACAAUAAAAUUUUAAGAAUGUCAGACUUAGGCUUUCAAUGGCUCAAAAACCUUGAUUGUUUGUAUCUACAAAGUAAUAAUUUCUCAAAUGUACCAUCAAAUGCUCUUGAAGUACUUAAGAAUCUUAAAAGACUUUUUUUGUCUCAUAACUUCAUUAAAACAAUACAUCCAUUUGCAUUUAAAGGACUUGUAUCUCUUCCUGAACAAUUCAAGAAUUAAAAAUGUUACUAGAAAUGGAUUUAAUGGUAUUAAUAAUCUUAAACGUUUGCUCUUAAGUCAUAAUGAUUUAGUAGAUUUAAACUCUGACAUAUUUAGUUUAUUAAAUAAUUUAACUUACCUUAAGUUAGAUAGAAGCUGAAUAAUCAGUAUUGAUAAUCAUACAUUUAAAAACAUGAGAGCAUCUUUGAAGAUCUUUAAUCUGUCAUUUAAUAAUCUUACAGACUUACAUCCAAGGGUCCUUAAGCCAUUGUCUUCAUUGAUUCAUCUUCAGGCACAUUCUAAUCCUUGGGAAUGUAACUGCAAACUUUGGGGCCUUCAAGACUGGCUAACACCUUCAGCUAUUACUCUAAACAUCUAUUGUCAGAAAUCCCCAUUCAUGCGUGGCAGAGCAUUACGUUAUGUUAAAUGGACUGACAGUACAGAUUGCAUUACAUCUUCGACAAAUGUAUCCAGGGCUUGGGCUGUAAAAUCUCUUCGUAAUCGUCACAAGACCACUGCAUUAAUGAUGACCUGGCAUAAAGUAACCACACAUGGGAAACAUUUGGAAAAUACUGAGACUGAGAGUGUUACUUUCUGGGAACGAAUUCGUACCUCACCUGCCAAUAGAUUUUUUCAAGAGAAUACCCUUGGUAAUCCGUUAGAGACUACUGCAGUGUUACCUGUGCAAGUACAACUUACUUCUUCUGUUAACUUGAACUUGGAAAAAAGUGCUCUACCGAUUGAUGCUUCAGUGUCAGGGAAAACGUCACUAACUUGUACCCAAGAAAUUGAGAAGUUGAAUGAGGCUUUUGACAUUUUGCUUGUUUUUUUCAUCUUAGCUUGUGUUUUAAUCAUUUUUUUGAUCUACAAAGUUGUUCAAUGUAAACAAAAACUAAAGGCACCAGAAAACUCAGGGGAAAAUAGACUUGAAUAUUACAGCUUUUAUCAGUCAGCAAGGUAUAAUGUAACUGCUUCAAUUUGUAACACCAGCCCAAAUCCUCUAGAAAGCCCUGGUUUGGAGCAGAUUCGUCUUCAUAAACAAAUUGUUCCUGAAAGUGAGGCACAGGUCAUUCUUUUUGAACAUUCUGCCUUAUAACUCAGCUAAAUGUUGGCUAUGCGAGAACAACAGUGCCAACCAUAUGGACAUAAAAUGGAAUGCUUCUCACAGACUUGUACAGUUUAUUUGGAAAUAUAAUGAAUUACACAUAUAGAGAAUUAUUAAAAUGUAUGGUUUUAAUGA